AUGCUCCGCACGAAUCUUGGGGCUGGCCUGCUCCUCCUUGCCGGAGGACUGGUGUCCGUCUCUGCCCAGCCCAAUCUACCCUCCAUCUCCCCUUACAUUGGAUGUGUUCUUGAUGGCCCGACCCGUCUGCUCGACACCCGCAUCACCAUCUCGCCCGUCACCGUUGCCAACUGCCAGGCCCAGUGCGCCAAGAGCAACUACAAAUUUGCCGGUCUCGAAUAUGGAAGCGAGUGCUGGUGUGGCCAGCAGAUCCACUCGGGAACACCCGCCGGCACCAACGACGGGCGAACGGUCGGCACUCUGGUCGCCGAUAGCCAGUGCAGCAUGGCCUGCUCCGGCGACAGCACCGCCAAGUGUGGUGCUGCCUGGACCGCCUCUCUGUACUUUGCCGCCGGUGAGGGUUGCUACUACGACAGCAGCAGCCGAGCCCUGCGCGAUCUCACCCUCGCUCAGCUGCAAAAGUUACUGCCUGGGUCAGAACUACUACAAGUCGGGGGCAAUCGUCUUUCAUCGAUCAGCUACUUCGGCUCCGAGUACGGUGGCGAAUGCUACUGUAGCAACACUAUCUACCAGGGUCCCGGCAACGCCGGAAAUGCCAACGCUCUUUCCGGCACUCUGGCGCCCUCGACCGACUGCAACCAGCCCUGCAGCGCCAACCCGAGCUACUACUGCGGCAACAGCUGGAGAGCGACCGUUGGCUUCACCGGCCUCAAGCCUAUCUCCGGCUCUCCUCCUCCUCCCCCUCCCCCUCCUCCGCCGCCGCCGCCGCCGAACCAGAUCUACCAAGGCUGCUACGAAGAUAACUCCAACCGCAUUCUUCAAGGCGCCAAGAACAACUACUGCUACACCCAGGGCUUCAAAUAUGCCGGUGUCGAAAUUGCGCAGGAGUGUUAUUGCGGAAACACCAUUGUCAGCGGUGGAGCUGGAGGCGACGGUGCCGCCACGGCCGGAACUCUUUUGAGUGACAGCCAGUGCUCCACCAAGUGCGCCGAUGGUAGUGGCUGCGGUGGCCCCUGGAAGCUCUCUGUCUACUUGUCUGUUGCUCCCCCGCCUCCCCCUCCUCCGCCGGCCAACCCGCUCUACCAGGGCUGCUAUGUCGACAGUCCCAACUCGAUUCUCCGCGACGCCUCCACUACCCAGGUCAGCUUCAGCUCUCCCGCGGCUUGCCAGAACUACUGCUACACCAACAGCCACACCUUUGCUGGAAUCGAUGCUGGAACGUGCUACUGCGGCUCGCAAAUCAUUUCUGGCGAUACAAGUGCCGACGGCAAGACUGCUGGUACCCUGGUUGCGGACAGUCAGUGCUCGCUCUGCGCCGACGGAAGCCGCUGUGGCGGCACCGCCCGUAUGGCUGUCUAUCUCAGCACCGGAGCCGGCUGCUACAUUGACGGCGCCACCCGUGUCUUGACGGGACAGUCUCUGGGAAGCAGUGGCACCCUGACCCAGGAGUCGUGCAAGGCCAGCUGUCUCGCCCAGAAUUACAUCUACUACGGCACUGAAUACAGCUCCGAGUGCUACUGUGGCAACACCGUUGCCUACGGCGGCACCGGCGGCAGUGGCAGCGGAGUCAUCGGCAGCCUGGUUGCUACUUCGCAGUGCUCCUCGCCUUGCUCCGGCAACAGCAAGGAGACCUGCGGUGGUGGAUGGCUCGCACAAAUCGGCUUGACUGGCUACAUCCCUCCCCCGGCGCCAGUGUCCGCGAUCACCUUCCCGAUCCAGGUCCCCACGACCUGCCAGACGAUCACCACCCGCAAGAGCUGGUAUGACAUGUCUUCGACCGAGCGCACCCGCUACCUGAACGCCCUCCAGAAGCUCAAGACCUCGCCCAAGGCCUUUGGCGCGUACAACUACGACGACUUUGUCCAGAUCCAUCUGGACAACAUCUACACCGCCCACUAUCAUGCUGCCUUCCUGCCCUGGCAUCGCUGGUUCAUCUUUGUCUUCGAAAAGCACCUGCAGCAGUUCGAUUCCUCCGUCUUCUUGCCCUACUGGGACUGGGGCGCCGACUCGCACAACCCCGGACAGUCUGUUGUCUUUGACCCCACCACCUUUGGAACCCACAACUGGAACGGCGACAACUGCCUGUUCGACGGUAUCGCAUCCGCCUACCCCACCAACCUUGCUGGCGAGUGUGUCAAGCGCCAGUGGGACAACCCCACCUUCAUUACCCAGGAUGCCUUUGCCACCAAUGCCGAAUUGGACUCGACCCUGGUGUACGGUACGACCGACUACAACUACUUCCGCACGACUCUCGAGAUCUACCACGGAAGCCCUCACGUGUACGUUGGUGGCCCCAACGGCGACAUGACUCCGAUGUACUCUCCCAACGAUCCUCUGUUCUACCUUCAUCACUCGAACGUUGAUCGCAUCUGGAACCGCUGGCAGAAGGCCAACCCAUCGGUCGCCAACACCUACGCCGGAAACCCCACCGAUGGCCUGGCAUAUCCGACGGAUGUGCUUCCCUCGUUCUCCCCCGUGACGGUUUCCCAGGUUCUGGCGUCGGGCUCCCUCUGUGUCCAGUACCAGGAUCCUCUCCCCCGAGCCAGCAACGCCUUGGCAGACCAGACUCCUCUCGAGUACGGCCCCACCAUUCCGCUUGAGUGGUUUAUGGGCCGCGUCGACAAUGCCACCCUGGCUCAGUUUAACCAGCUCCAUCGCGACUGGAUCGAUAGCUACAACCAAGGCCUCGGCCUUUGA